GCGACUCCGUACGUACGACUCCCCCUUAUCCACCGAGCGAACGGCGGGAACCGCCCAAAAAUGCGAACGGCUCCCGAACCCUCAUCAUGGCCUCCCCCGCCGCCUCGAGAUUCGCGCACUCCUCCGUCCCCUUCCCGCGGCCUCGGACCAUCUCCGCCGCCGCUGCCGCCGCCGCCGCCGCCACCGCCGCCUCCUUCCCCCACCCACCUCCGAAGCCCUACCACGCCUCCCCCUUGCCCCGAUCCAACCCCCACCAACGCCGCCGCCGCCGCGCCGCCGGAUUCCUCCUCCGACACCGGCUCUCCGGCGGCGACGUCCCGCAGGAGCCGCCUCGGGGCGACGGCGACGGCGAGGGGCCGAGCUUCGACCUCGCCGUGGGGCUCUUCAACGGCGGGGACUACUACGGGUGCCACGACGCGCUCGACGAGCUCUGGUACGGCGCCGAGGAUCCGAUCCGGACCCUCCUCCACGGGGUUCUCCAAUGCGCCGUGGGAUUGCACCAUCUCUUCAAUCAGAACCAUCGAGGCGCGAUGAUGGAGUUGGGCGAGGGGCUCUGCAAGCUCCGGAAGAUGGGUUUUGACGGCGGGCCAUUCCUUCGGUUCGAGGAGGAGGUCUCUGCGGUGUUGGAGUUUGUGUACCAGACGCAAAAGGAGCUCGCCGCAUGUACUGAGGAGCUCUGUUUAGCGAUGGAUGGCUCCGAGAGAUCUUAUCAACUGCUCGGCAGUUUUGCCGCUGGGCAACAAUUAUACCACCGGGAUAUCGAUGAAGAUGGAGUUGCCUACAUAAUCUUCUCCGUGGUCAAUCACUACAGUUCGAAAAGGCCUUCCAAAAUUAGGGUUCCGAUUCUCCAUGCCACUGAGGGACAUCUCAAGGAAUUUGAGGAUAAAUGGUAAUUUGUACAGUAAAUCAUUUGAGUAAACAUAGUUACCUAUAUGUCAUGAACUUAGUGAUUUUGCUCGUCAAAACCUGUGCGGCGUCUGCCUUCCUAUUCGAAGAUGGACAAGUUUAUUUCGAUCUUGCUCGCCAGGAGCUCCGUGCCUUCAAAGACUAAGUACAAGAAAGAGAAAACGAAAGAGAGUGUAUCUGUAGUUUCUGUUUCUAAUAGCGGAGUACUUAGUCUUUAAGGGUGCGGAGGUCCGGAUUAGCAAGAUUGAGGCAGGCUUGCCCAUCUUCGAACAGAAAGGCGGGCACCGCACGGGAAGCAAGGCGACUUUGGGUUCGUUUGGGGUUGCAAGUAGAGCGCCUUGCGCAUGCUCAAA